CAGAAGUCUAGAAAAAUUCACACAAGUGUUUCUGCUUUUAGAGGAAGUAUAUUCACCUACAGAGGAAUUUGUUUGUUUCUUUUCGACGAUGACAGUUCUUUAAAUGGAGUCAAAGAAAGAUUACACUCUUUGGGGCAGAACUGGUUGUUGUUGGAAGUCUCUCAACUUGCUAUAUUUUGCUGCUGUUAGUUGCGGUCUUUUGAAAGGUGUAGAAGUAUCUGCGUGGACAUAUCAUGUUGGCCCUGAUCUUCUUACAUGGGAUACAGCCCGUACAUGGUGCCGAACCCACUAUACUGACAUGGUGGCUAUUCAGAAUAAGGAGGAAAUCUCAUACUUGGAGGAAAGCUUGCCCUUUUCCAAAGAUUAUUACUGGAUUGGUAUCCGUAAAGUAAAUCAGGUUUGGACUUGGGUUGGAACUAACAAAUCUUUGACAAAGGAUGCAGAAAACUGGGCACCUCUAGAGCCAAAUAACAAAGGGAGAAUGCAGGACUGUGUGGAAAUGUACAUAAAACGUCAAAAAGACAAUGGAAAAUGGAAUGAUGAGCCAUGUAACAAUAAAAAGACAGCAUUGUGCUACCUAGCCAACUGCAAUGCUUCAUCUUGCAGUCAAGAUGGAAUGUGUGUCGAAAUUAUUGGAAAUUAUACAUGUGACUGUAAUCCUGGUUUCUAUGGACGGCACUGUGAGAGAGUAAUAACGUGCAAGAAUAUAUAUCCUGUCCCAAAAGAGGUGAAUAUAAACUGUAGCCACACAGCUGGUCAAUUUGCCUACAAAUCAUCCUGCUCAUUCCAAUGUAAUGAUGGAUUUCAGCUAAGAGGGGCUAGUACUUUGCAGUGCUCAGAACAUGGAAACUGGACAACAGACAUUCCAGAAUGUGAAGCUGUAUCAUGUAAGUCUUUACAGAGACCCACUAAUGGACUGAUGAAAUGUUCUCAUACAUUUGGAAUAUUUCAGUAUAACUCCAACUGCAGCUUCCAUUGCGAAGAGGGGUUUUUGUUACAAGGACCAGAGUCAGUACUGUGCCGAGCAUCAGGAGAGUGGUCAGAUUUGGCUCCUACAUGUGCAGUUGUUGCAUGUUUGGCUCCAGAAAUUCCUGAUUAUGCUUGGACUAACUGCUCACAUCCCAUUAAUAACUUUAGCUAUACAUCCAUUUGUAAGUUCAACUGUGAGAGUGGAUUCAUUUUAAAUGGUUCUGACAUUAUGGAAUGUACAUCUUCGGGCGAAUGGAAUUUUUCUCCUCCUGCGUGUCAAGCUGUAUCAUGUAAGUCUUUACAGAGACCCCCUAAUGGACUGAUGAAAUGUUCUCACACAUUUGGCAUAUUUCAGUAUAACUCCAACUGCAGCUUUCAUUGUGAAGAGGGGUUUUUGUUACAAGGACCAGAGUCAGUACUGUGCCAAGCAUCAGGAGAUUGGUCAGAUUUGGCUCCUACAUGUGCAGUCGUUACAUGUUUGGCUCCAGAAAUUCCUGAUUAUGCUUGGACUAACUGCUCACAUCCCAUUAAAGACUUUAGCUAUACAUCCAUUUGUAAGUUCAACUGUGAGAGUGGAUUCCUUUUAAAUGGUUCUCACAUUAUCGAAUGUACAUCUUCUGGCGAAUGGAAUUUUUCUCCUCCUGCGUGUCAAGCUGUAUCAUGUAAGUCUUUACAGAGACCCACUAAUGGAGUGAUACAAUGUUCUCAUACAUUUGACAUAUUUCAGUAUAACUCCAACUGCAGCUUCCAUUGCGAAGAGGGGUUUUUGUUACAAGGACCAGAGUCAGUACUGUGCCAAGCAUCAGGAGAUUGGUCAGAUUUGGCUCCUACAUGUGCAGUUGUUGCAUGUUUGGCUCCAGAACUUCCUGAUUAUGCUUGGACUAACUGCUCACAUCCCAUUAAUAACUUUAGUUAUACAUCCGUUUGUAAGUUCAACUGUGAGAGUGGAUUCAUUUUAAAUGGUUCUGACAUUAUGGAAUGUACAUCUUCGGGCGAAUGGAAUUUUUCUCCUCCUACGUGUCAAGCUGCAUCAUGUUUGGUUCCAGAGUUACCUUAUCAUGCCGGGGUGAACUGCUCCCAUCCUAUCAGUAACUUUAGCUUCAUGUCAGUGUGUGAGUUUUCCUGUGAGCCUGGUUUCUCUUUGAAUGGACCAAAACUAAUACAAUGUACAUCUUCUGGAAAAUGGGAUUCCUCUCCUCCAGUGUGCUCAGUUCAAGAAUGCCUUCCAUUAGAAGCCCCAAAUAUGGGUUACAUGAACUGUUCCAACCCAAUCAGGGAUUUCAGUUUUAACUCCAGCUGUGCCUUUUCCUGUCAAAGUGGAUUUCUUUUGAAUGGGCCUGGUGCUCUUCGUUGCUCUGAAUUUGGUACCUGGACAGAGAGUACCCCAACCUGCCAAGCUAUUAAAUGUGGCCAGCUUUCCACUUCACAUCCAAGGCAUAUGAACUGCUCUGACCCAUAUGGGAAUUACAGCUAUGGAUCUCAGUGCCAAUUUCUUUGCCUGGAAGACUUUGUGCUAAAUGGAACGUCAAUGAUAUAUUGCCAAUCUUCAGGAUAUUGGUCUGAUGAAAUGCCAAACUGUCAUGCAAAUGUAUUCAGUUUGGGGAGACAGCUCCUUUCUUACCUUGGUAGUUCAGUUCUAGCUACCAUUUUUUUUAUAUCCACUGGAACUCUAAUUGCAUUUACAGUAAAUCGCAUCAAACAGAAAAAAAAAUCAGGACUCCUAAAAUCCCACAAGGUGACACCCAACACUUUUGAUAAUCCAGUGUUUGAAAGCCCAUAAGGCAGAAGUCCAGCUUUUUCAUUGGUAGCUGACUUUAAGUGAAUUUUGCUUCGUGGGACAAGAUAUGAAGUACAUAUUAUUUUUUUUAUAAAUCUCCCAAAAUGCAUAAGGUUUGUGCAAAUAUAUGAAAAAACAUUCCUUGAGAAUAUUAAGAUUUAAGUAUAUUUUUGUAAACAUGUACUAAUAUUUGGAAAUACCAUAAAAUCAUCAUUAAUUGAUUGUUUUGAUAAAAAUGGUUAUGGAUUUCAUGGUAAAAAUAAAAUAGUAUCA